CAAUAGUCACCGAGUUUAACUUUACCCCUAAGCGUUGAUGUCAUACAGGCAGAAGAAAGUUGGAGCUUUCUGCAAAGUACUUUUGAACUUAAUUCAUUCUUUUGACACCGUUGGAAGUCUAGUGUGCUUCAUUCUGUGGAAGUGAAGGUUGAAGAAAAUAGAAGCCCUCCCCUGAGAAAUUUACAGUGCGACUUAGUAGGAAUAUUAGACAUGCACACUGAAGGAAAAGGAGAAGCAGCAGAAGAGGGAUUAGGUAAACCAUGAAGUCCCCAGGUAAAGAGCGGGGAGCAUUUCAGGUGUUGUGAUAGCACACAGAGAAGGGAUGGCAGUGUGGUGAGUGGUCGGAUAUUGGGGACAUUUGAGGGCCGACUUCACAAGCUGUAGUGACUGGCAGAAGUGCAAAGUAGAAGAGCUUUGUGGCGGAGGAGACCUGGCUGGCAACGCACCCGGCUAAGUAGGGAAAGUGUGAAGACAAGCAGGUGUAAGAGUGAGGUGCCAGGUUGCAAGACACAAGUGUUGGGGUGAACGUGUGGGAUGUGCUGGGAGGAUGAACAGGUUCUGUUGGCACCCAAGAAAGACGGAUGUGGGAGUCCCCAUCCGGUCUGGAGCCGCAAGCUCCGUUGAGUCUCCGUGCAGUAGUAGAUGCCUGCCAGGGUCCAUACUGAUGAAAACAAGUGCAGAUGAGCUGAAGUCACCGUGGGGGUACUGAGCACCUGGGGUGUUGUGGUUCGGGUGACUAAGUUUCUGACUGGGGUCAGAAGCCUUGUAGAGGCACUAAUGUUUCAGCUGGAUCUUUCCGUGGAAGGUAGCCCAGUAAAGAAGUAGGAGCUAGACCUUUAGGUGGCAGAAGCUGGGUGUGAGUUUGCCAGGUAAAAUGGUAAAGAGUGCCAGUUGAAGAAGGGUGCAGAAGUCAGUUGUGACCAGAGUCAGGAAUCUUGUAUACCACUCUACAAUUUGAACUUUGCGCUGAGAACUAAUAGAGGAUAAUAUUAUAAAGGAAUGCAAUGAUGUGACCAGCUUUAUUUACUUAAGGAAAACAAGGCAUAAUGUCCAUCCUUGCAUUAAAUUGGGACAGAAGGUACAAAAAAAAUGAGUACAUGUUUAUCGUCGUACAAGACACCAUGUUAAGCAUUCUGAAGAGUGCCUAAAGAUGAUAGAUGAUCCAUCAGUCCUUGAAGAGUUGCAGCCUUGCUGGAGCAGGGGAGUCAGGCAGAAGAAGGUGGUGAAUGAACAAGAUUAAAAUGGUGCCGGCUCCAUGUAGCAGAACAAGAGGUGUGUUCUUUCUAAGCGGACAUAGUCCGUGAUGGUGCAUUCAUUUACUUGGGGUGCUAUAAUAGUGUGCAUGGAUUGGCGGCCUGUGUCAUACUGUUUGUAUGAUUGGCGGCCUAUGUCAUACUGUUUUCUUCUAGUUAACAGGCGGAAGAGGGAUCCGCAGGACUGGGUCCUUUGAAGGGCUGCCCUCCAUGGGUGUCUGCGGCUUGAUGCCUCUUCUUUUAAGGACACCAGUUUCAUUAGAUAAGCCGAGCGAUGGAGGGACUCCUGCAUUACAUCAACCCAGCGCACGCCAUCUCUCUGCUCAGUGCCCUCAACGAGGAGCGCCUCAAGGGACAGCUGUGCGACGUGGUCCUGAUUGUUGGGGACCAGAAGUUUCGAGCUCAUAAGAACGUCUUGGCCGCCAGCAGCGAGUACUUCCAGAGCUUAUUCACAAAUAAGGAGAACGAGUCCCAAACGGUCUUUCAGCUGGACUUCUGUGAGCCAGAUGCUUUUGAUAAUGUUCUGAACUACAUUUACUCUUCUUCCCUCUUUGUGGAGAAGGGCAGCCUGGCCGCGGUGCAGGAGCUGGGCUAUAGCCUUGGUAUCUCCUUCCUGACCAACAUUGUCUCCAAAGCCCCCCAGGCCCCCUUCCCCGUGUGUCCCAACAGAAGGAGAGUGUUGGUUAGUGAGGAUGACGAGACCAGCUCCCAGAAGAGGAGCGUCAUUGUGUGUCAGGGUAGAAGCGAAGCCCCGGGGAAAGCCGGCAGUCAGAACGCCCCCGACCCGAGCCGCGCCCCCCGGCCCACGCCCAGCGCCGCCACCAAGACCGCUGCUGGCAGGCCACACGUUGCCAAGGCCGUGGAGCCCCUGCACAGCCUGGCCCUCGCCGACAAGAACUGGCCCAGAGAGCCUGCUGCUGGCUACACAAAGGCUCUUGAGCUUUCUGGAUCUCCGGAUGAUCCUAGUAGAAGCAGCUUGGUGAAAAGAAAUGCAGUAUUACCCUCCAAGCCUCCUUCAGACAGAGACACCAUGGACGAUAAGCCAGGGGCGAGCAGUCAGCUUCCGAAGGGCAAAGCUAUAGAGAUGGCUCUGAAAAGGCCACGGCCACCAGUCCUGUCUCUUCGUAGCUCCUCAGAGACUCCCUUCCUGUUGAAAGAAUCUAACAAAGGAGGUGGGCAAGGGGAGGACAGAAACCUGUUGUACUACUCCAAGCUGGGCCUGGUUAUCCCAUCCAGUGGGUCUGCUUCUGCAAACCAAAGCAUUGACAGGAGCGGCCCACUGGUCAAGAGCCUCCUCAGACGCUCCCUGUCCAUGGACAGCCAGGUUCCCGUCUACUCGCCCGCCAUAGAUCUGAAAUCGCCCCAGGGGUCACCCGCAGUGUCCAGCAGCGCGCCAGGGAACGUGUUCUGUGCUUUAGCUCAAAAGUCAGCUUUAAAAGACUGUACGGAAAAGCCAGCCCUAGAGGACAGGCCUCAAGUGCUGCAACCACAUCGCCUCAGGUCCUUCAGUGCUUCUCAGCCCACAGACAGGGAGGGCGCCUCCCCCGCGGCCGCGGCGGCCAGCGAGGUGCGGAUCAAGACGGAGCCCAGCAGCCCGCUCUCGGACCCCGCCGACAUCAUCCGGGUCACGGUGGGGGACGGGGCGGCGGCCGCGCGAGACCCGCCCGUGAAGACGGAGGAGGACAGCAAGGACAUGAGCAGGCUGCCGGCGAAGCGGAGGUUCCAGGCCGACAGAAGGUCGCCCUUCAAGAAGGCCAGGGCGGAGGAGCAGGGCCCUCCCGUCUCAGGGGACAGCGGCGAGGAGAGCACCAGCCCUCCCGCCCUCGAUGGCAAUUUCCCAGAUUCUGACUUAAACAAGGAGGAGUUUGGUGAGUUGGAGGGGACGAGACCAAAUAAAAAGUUUAAAUGCAAACAUUGCCUUAAGAUCUUUAGAUCCACCGCGGGUCUUCACCGCCAUGCUAACAUGUACCAUAAUCCCGAGAAGCCCUAUGCCUGUGACAUCUGUCACAAGCGCUUUCACACCAACUUCAAAGUGUGGACACACUGUCAGACCCAGCACGGCGUUGUGAAGAACCCGUCGCCAGCCUCUAGCUCCCAUGCAGUGUUGGAUGAGAAAUUCCAGAGAAAGCUGAUUGACAUAGUGAGAGAGAGGGAGAUUAAGAAGGCCCUGGUCAUUAAGCUGAGGUACAGCAAGCCCGGCUUCCUGGGCCCGGGUAGUUGCCCAACACAGCAAGUCAUCAAGAGGAACUUGCGCUCCCGAGCCAAAGGGGCGCACAUUUGCGCUUACUGUGGAAAGGCCUACCGCUUUCUCUCUCAGUUUAAGCAGCACAUAAAAAUGCACCCGGGAGAAAGACCCCUCGGAGUAAAUAAAGUGGCUAAGCCAAAAGAGCGCGUCCCUCUGACAGGUGCGGUAGAGAGCAAGGAGGUUUACCCGUGCCGCCUCUGUAAUGCUAAGCUCUCUUCUCUUCUAGAGCAAGGCAACCACGAGCGCUUGUGCCGGAACACCACCGUUUGUCCUUACUGCAGCCUCAGGUUCUUCUCGCCCGCGCUGAAGCAGGAGCACGAGGACAGGUGUGAGUACAAGAAGCUGACCUGCCUGGAGUGCAUGCGGACCUUCAAGUCCUCCUUCAGCAUCUGGCGGCACCAGGUGGAGGUGCACAACCAGAACAGCAUGGCCCCCGCCGACCACGUCUCCCUGCCCACGCGGGACCACAACGGCGAGGUGCCCGCCCCGCCCCGGCCCCCGCCCCCGCCCCCGCCAGAGCCUCACAAGGUAAACCACACGGCCGCACCGAAAGAGGACGCCGCGUUCAGUGACUCUUCCGAGCAGGUGAACUUCGACUCGGAGGAUUCCGCCUGCCUCCCCGAAGACCUGAGCCUCUCCAAGCAGCUCAAGAUCCACGUCAAAGAGGAGCCCGCGGAGGAGGCCGAGGAGGAUGUGCCCGAGGCCAGCCCGGCCCCCAAGGAGGCGGCCCCCAAGGAGGCCGGCCCCAGCCAGGAAGCCGGCCUGUGGCCCUGCGAGAAGUGUGGCAAGAUGUUCACGGCGCACCGGCAGCUGGAGCGGCACCAGGAGCUGCUGUGCUCCGUGAAGCCCUUCAUCUGCCACGUGUGCCACAAGGCCUUCCGGACCAACUUCCGCCUCUGGAGCCACUUCCAGUCCCACAUGUCCCAGGCCGCCGAGGAGCCCGCGCAGAAGGAGGCCGAAGCGUGCCCCGUGCCCACCAACUCCCCCUCCCCGCCCCCCCUCCCUCCCCCACCGCCCCUGCCCAAGAUCCAGCCCCUGGAGCCCGACAGCCCCACGGGCCUCCCCGAGAACCCCAUCCCCAGCACGGAGAAGCUGUUUACACCGCAGGAGUCGGACACGCUCUUUUACCACGCCCCGCCCCUCUCGGCAAUCACGUUCAAAAGACAGUUCAUGUGCAAACUCUGCCACAGGACGUUCAAGACCGCCUUCAGCCUCUGGAGUCACGAGCAGACGCACAACUGAAGGACCCACACUCCUGAGGCAGGAGCCCCGGCUCGCGGACUCCGUCCUGACAUGCUGAGGACGUUUUUUGUUGUUUUUUUGUUUUUUAUAUAAAAGAAUAAUAAAGGUUGGGAAAUUGUAAUGCUUGAAUUUAGGUUUGAGAUAAAGUGAUACUGGUUAGAAAUGUCCUCACUAGGCUUUAGAAAUACACUAGGGAAUGUUGCAGCUUGAACCUCACAGCAGCAGGGGCUUGACUUCAGUGCAGUUGAACUGGGGCUGGAUGUCACGGGUUCCAGGGUGGCAGUGUGAUCCUCUGAG